CCAUCCGUCGUCAAACCCUCUCUCUCUUUCUCCCCAUCCACAUUCCGGAACCCUAAAAAAUUAAGCCCCCAAAUCCACAUGAAAUCAAAACCCCAAAUCCUCGUUGGGGUUUCAUCCUCAGCAGACGCAAUCGUCCGCUGAUGAACACCUCCCCCAAACCCUAGCCUCGAUUAUAUUCCCCCUUUCCCUAAUUCCCAAUUCACUUCCAGAGAGAGAAAGAGAGAAAGCGAUUGAUAGGGCCAUGGAGGGCUCUGCGGCGGACGAUCUCGGAGCCCCGGAGUCAUGGGAGGUCGCCGGUGUGGACGAGGCUAUGAGCCGCCUCAUGCUCUCCAACAUCAGCGACCCCAAGCCUCCUCCUCCGCCCCAGCAGGACCUAAACGACACGUCGUCUUUGGUUUCCGAUGGAGCUGCCGAUAAGCUCUCUGAGGAUGCCCUCAAUCAGGUCGACCUGUUCCUUCGCGAGGCUUUGCAAAACCCUCGGGAGCGCCUAUCAAUUUUACGAAUGGAGCAAGAUGUUGAGAAGUUUAUUCGUGAUCCUAUUCAGCAGCAACUGGAGUUUCAGCAGUUGCCAACUUCUUAUUUGCGCCUGGCUGCUCACCGUGUAGCUCAGCAUUAUGGCCUUCAGUCAAUGGUUUUGUUAGAUAAUAACUUACCUGAUGGCUCUGGUUCCAGAAUUAUUGUUCGCAAAACUCCCGAUUGUCGACUUCCUUUGAUUCGCCUUGCAGACAUUCCUGUUACUUUGCCGUCAGAAGAAAGUGGUGUGACUAAAGUUGCUAUAAAACAGAGACCACAGAAACGAUCCCAGAUGGCCAACAGUGGAGGUGCAAAUUCAUCAAAGGGGAACAGUUCUAAAAGUGUGGAAGAGAGGAAAGAGGAGUAUAACAGGGCCCGUGCGCGAAUAUUUAAUGCUGCGAAUAAUAUUAGUGGCAGUACAAGCGGGAAGUUAGAAAAUGAACCAAGACUGCAGGAUACUUCACAACAUGUUCCCUUGGUGAUUCCAAAAGUGGAAGAUAAAUCAAAUGUUUCUGAUUUACAUUCUAGUAGAGGUUUAAUUGAUUGUUCAACAAGUAGUAGUAGAGCAUCUUCUAGAGGUAGGACAGAGAAGGAGCCAGUUGGGAGGUACAGACCAAAUAAUAGAGUAGCCAUAUUCAGGGACCGUGAGAUUGACAGGAAGGAUCCGGAUUACGACAGAAGUUACGACAGGUACAUGCAAAGAUUUGAUCCGGGUUUCGGAUUCAGUGCCGGACCAUACUCUAUCCAGCCCAUGUAUACUCCUGCAUUGAAUUAUAACACUGAGUUCCCUCAACUUGGAUCUACUCAUGGGCCUCAAAUUUCUACUGAACAUCAACCUCGCCCCCUUCCACAACACUUACCUGGACCGUGGGUUGCACCUUCGCCCCCUGGUGGUAUUGGGUAUGGUCACCCGGAAACCAUAAUGACACCAUUUAAUCCUAGUCAUGUUGGUGUACGCUCGGCGUCUGGCAUAUACCUGCAUUCCUCCCAGUAUCCUUGUCAGCGACCUGGAAUGCCCUUUAUCCAUCCUCAUGAACAUGUACACCAACCUUUUUCACCGUCUCAUCAACAGCAGCCUGAUGCAAGUUUUGGGUUAGCCCGGCCCCGGUGAGGGGCAGGGGCCAUGCCUGCACCCUGCCUGCAUGAAUUUGAGCUUCAAGUAGAAUUGGCUGCCAGAGCCAGGCAUGUUUUUGGUGGCAGGAGUGCAGGCAUGCAGAACCAAGGUGGGGUUGAGAUGGAUCAAAUUAAAGGACACUGGCAUUAUCCAUUUUUCCCAAUCCUUGGUUUCAAAGGAAGCUUCUUCCAUUUUUGAUAGAAUGGUAAGGAAGCUCCGUCGGUUUGGCAAUGUAUAGCCCAAUGACAACGACGAUGACGACAAUGAUUCCUUAAGAGUUUUAACAGAGCUUGGACACUUUGUGCUCUGCUUGGAUGAAGGUAUACUCCUUGGUGACCCCAUAAAGAUACGCAUGGUGCACUGCACUAGCUUAGUCCAUUCUGGAAGGGACUUGCAGACUUGGCACAAAAAUGGAUUUGGUCCAGAAGUCUGUAGGUCUAUUCUGAUUGGGCAUAGGAAAGUCGGCAUUACACUGUAUAAUAUACUUAAACCUGGUAGUGGUAGACCAUGCUGUGGUAUCAACCCUGUACUCUAGGCUUUGCCAACCACCUUGAAGAAUAAGCAACAUUGAUUUGCUUAUUUGGGCAUACAGCGGAACAAAGAGCCACAAUGCUCAGGAAGACGCUCACAAGCUGUAUGUAUGCUUCUGAGAACUUUAAUAGCUACCGAAUAAGAAAGGAGGCUCAAUUAUGUAUCAUAAAACAAUUUGGUCGUGAAGUUGUUUAUUUUGAUAACCCUUUAUGGUUAAAAACUUUACAUUUCUAUGA